AUGGAUUUGAACGACGUGGACAUGAACGAGGACGACGAUUCGGACGAGGACGAGGACGAGGACGAUCCGUGCGUCGUCGCGAGAGACGAAGACGAAGAAGAUGAUGAUGGUGAUGUUGAAGCGAGCGAAGCGACGUCGACGAAACCUUCUUCGGCGACGACGAGUGUAACGGAACGAGAUGAUUGCGUCGAGGAAUCACGAGAGACUUUGAAGAAAAAGAAGAAAAAGGGAAAGAAGAUAAAAAGGAAGAAGAAUAAGACAUCGUCCGGGUCGUCUUUGUUGGUGUUCUCUGGAGGGACGGCUAUGAACGGCAUCUGCGACGCGUUGAGAGAUUACACGACUUCGGUCACGCACGUGCUUCCGGUUUCCGACGACGGUGGGUCGACUUCGGAAAUUAUUCGAGUUUCCGGUGGACCAGCCGUAGGAGACAUUCGCAGUCGGUGUUUGCGUUUAUCCGACGAAUCUACGAGAGAAGCCACCGCGGUGAAGGGGUUAUUAGCGCAUCGAUUACACCCGACGGAUGAAGAGUUGGCGAAAAAUGAAUGGUACAAGAUUCAAGAAGGCGAUUCGCCGCUGUGGGACGGCAUCGAUAACGCGUACGCGACAAUUAUUCGACGGUUUUUGGUUCACUUUCACACGGAAGUUACCACGAACACGCACAAAGAACGUUUCGCGUUCGUGAACGGAUCCAUAGGUAACUUUUUCUUCGCCGGAGCUCGCAUGUUUUUCCGGUCCAUGGAAGCGGCGAUCUUUUUAUACGCGCGAGUUUCCAAGUUACCGAGAGAAACCAUGGUCGUGCCGUGCAUCGAGUGUGAAGAUAACGAACGCGUGACAAUUAACGCCGAGUUAACGGACGGAACGAUUCUUCGAGGCCAAAACGAUAUUUCGCACCCGUCCGUGGAUAAGAAAAGUUUCACCAAGCAGUUCCACGUGGAGGACGGACGACAAGAGGUUCCGAGCGUCUUCUCUAAAGAAUUCUGGACCGAUAUCAUCGAAUCCGGAGAGUUCCCGGAAAUCGAAGGGAAAGAGUUUUGGGGUGGGAUACCACAAUCUACGGACGGUCACGCGCGCGUUCGCGACGCGCUUGCCGACGGCAACCUCUCCUCCGCCUCCGAGUUGAUCCAAAGCCGUUUGGUAGAUUUGACUUUGCGCCCGUUAUCCGUCUGGGACGUGGAUAAAGCCGUCACCGCCUCCGAGAAGCUCGAUUCACCAAUCAAGCGCAUUUACUACGCCACCGGCGACGGCUCGGAUUCUGCUUCGAACGAAAUCGGUGAAAUCUUCCCGAGAGCGAACAAAACCAUGCUCAAACAACUCGAAACCUCCGACGCCAUCAUCUACGGCAUGGGCUCUUUAUACACCUCAAUCGUCCCGAACUUGAUUCUCCGAAACGUCGGCGAAACCAUCGCCCAACGAAACUGCCCAAAGAUCCUCCUCUUUAACGGUUCCGUCGACCGCGAAACGAGCGGCAUGUCCGCCGCCGAUUACAUCCUCGCCAUCGUCGACGCCUUGAACCGAAAACACACCGAAUACGCCAUCGACUUCCACGUCUCCGAAUACGUCACGCACAUAUUAACCCCAGACGGCGGUCAGUUCAUCGUCGACGACGACGCGAUAAAAGCCGCGGAAUUAACCCGGGAUAAAGUGCGCGUCGUCAAAAGCGAAUUAAAAAAGAAGAAGAAAGAGAAAACCGCCAACGGACGAUACGCGCCUUCCGAGCUCGUCAAAGCCAUUUCAGCCGUCGUCGACGAGAACAAAAACAACAACAGUAACAGUACCAAUAAUAGCGAUAUUAGUCUAGCAGUAGUAGCAGAAAGCGAAAGCGACGCGGAGAAAGAAUCGUUGUCCUCUUCCUCCUCCUCUCCGCGGUGA